AUGCUAAACAGGGCAAUUUUAUGUAUUUUGUCGUGUCUCUACGUUCUAACUGCGGCGAGGGUGCAAACAGUCAACGGAAAGAUUAAAAUAACGGUAGGUACCACUGCGGGUUGUGGGGACACAGUCAGAUUCAUCGAUCAACAGUUGUCGCCGGCCUACGAACUGUACAAGGAGUUCCUGGACAUCGAAUUUGUGCCGUGGGGUAGAACGAGGCGGGAGUCGAGCGGCGAUCUGACGUGCCAAUUCGGCCCUAACGACUGCUGGGCCAACCAACUGCACAGAUGCGCGCUCCAUUUACUGGAAGGUGACCAGGACGCUCAGGUGGAUUACAUGUCCUGCGAGUUCUCGCCUCCAUACCCUUCGUUCUUGCAAAACAGUUAUCAAUGUGCCAUAGCCGCCAGUCUAAGCUUGGACGAAGUAAACAACUGCAUCUCUUCAGUCAGCAGAGACCUGGAGGACGUCGCUGAAGCAGUUUCGGAUAUCCCGAUGCAAAUAAUAAACUUUGUACCAUUCAUAACCUUUAAUGACGUGAUUGACAUUGACACACACAAUCUAGCUAGGACGCAACUUGCCAGCCUCUUGUGUUCCGCCUUAGCUGAUGACCCCACAACUGGUGUCACCAACUGC